UUUCCCACCACUACACUGCACAAUUUUCCCACCCCCCACCCACACAAGCACACUGCAAACUGGUCGAAGGUGUUUGGAAAUGUUCGAUAUUUGUGUUAAAAAAUAAAACCCAACCAAGAAAAACGAUGUAUUAAAGCGUUAAUUGAACAGUGCUAAGGCCAGUGACUACAUGUAUUUCGGAAAGUACAGGAUUCCCAGAAGUGCAUAGGCCCCAGCGAAGGCCACCAUACACACACUUUGUGCUCCCCAGCUCCACAAAAAGGAAACCAAAGAUUUCCGUGCUACGAAGAUGUGUCUAUACUACAGAGUAACUGUAUAAAGUGGUGUGCGUGAGUGCGUGAGAGCUCGUGUGUAGGUGUGUAGGCUGUGUGCAUGUGUGUGUGCUGUGUGCGACCCAGCCAGGCUACUAUGGCAGUGCGGGCAUCUGCAUGUGUGUGUGUGUAGCACACUGAAAGAAUCAAUAAAGGAUGUGCUGUGGAUUUCAUUGCUGGCAGAGCGAAAAAGGACAAAACAACGACCGAGAAGUGGUAGUAGGGACAACAACGAAAAGUGCUCGAUAAUUGGCAAGAAUCCCCGCCCCGUUUCAACUAAAACCCGCCCCCCACCCCGUCGACCGGGAGUGGAAUAUACCAAAAAAAAUAAAUAAAAGAAAACAUUUUUUUCCUCCAAUCAACACUUGUAACGGUAAUACAAAAAAAAAACAAUUGUGAAUGGCCGUAGGGGCUGUGGCGUAGUAGAAAAAUACAAAAAAAAUAUCCCUACACUCUUUGAGUAUACCGGGCAUACAAAUAGAUAAUAAACGAAUUACACAAAUACAAGUACGUACAUCGCGGUAGCGGAAUCGGAAUCGGAUCUCGGGGUAAAAUCAAUUGGAAAUUGAAAACUGAAAACUGAAAUAGGAGGCCGCCUCCUGCACAUCCCAUCAUCAUCAUGAAGUUCUGCCUGGUGAUAACGAUGCUGGUGUCCAUUGCAUACUCUGUGGAGGUGCACUUUGAGGCACCAGAUAGCGGAUUCUUCCUGAAGCACGCCCGCCAACCACCUGUGACGCCGGAAAUAGCAAACAUACAGCAGACAUCGUCAUCGCCGCCACUGAAGGCGCGCUCCUCCUACGAUUCGGUGCUCUCGCUGGAUCGCUUCACGGUGGUGGAGACCACACAGCCGGUGUCCAUACGCGCCAGCUAUGGCCCAUUCUCCACCAAGCAGACAGUCCCGGCCCGCUACAUUGUACCGGACACAAUGGACAACAACAACCAGAACAACAACAACAACCAGGGAGGAGGAGACUACAUGAGCAACUCCACCGCCACGCUGCUGGAGCUGCAGCAACCGAACAUGCAUCUGGAUAUCUCGGCGCAUUUGGUCAGGGCGAGCGUAUCGCAGGACUCGCCCGUGCUGCGUGUUCUCUUCCAUGCUGGCGCCGAUCCUGGUGGUCAUCUGCAGCGCCAGAAGGUCUGCGUCCUGCUGCACGUGGCCAUGGGCACAGAACAGCCGCUGAAGGGCCGCUGCAUGCCUGAGGGCGAGGAUGGGGUGUGUGUGGCCGAAGUGGUGGUGCCGCUCAGCUGGUGGCCAGCGAUUCCGGCGCCCCAGCGCAAGGACAACGCCCCAGCACUGCCGCCCAAGGUACCGCAACGCUAUGCGCAGGUCUCGUACAGCGUCUUUGAGCCACCGCUGCGCAAUCCGGAGCAGUGCGAGCCGAAAGUACAGAUCCAGCCCCUUACCACAUUCGCCCAGGUGCCGCUGAUGCCCGCCAAGACGCCGUUCAAGGAGCUGCGGGCCGACGACUCGGUCACCUUCCUACUGCCCCAGCACCCGCUCUAUCCCAUGUCCAAGCUCCAUGUCCCCGUCUUUCUGCACCAGUAUGUGGAUCAGCGGGUGGCCGCCUUCACGGUGCGGGCGCGGGUCAAGGCUGGGCUAAGGAUCAUGGGAGCCACCGCCUCCACCGACCAGUGGAGCGUAUCGAUUGAGAAGGAGAAUCCCAAGCAUACCACCGCACGGGUCACGGCCUUCCGGAAGGAGCAGGAAUCCAGCAUGGAGUCCGCCAUGGCUGGGAAUCUCACCAACGAAUCGUUCGAGGUCUUCUCGUGGCUGCUGGAGGUGGCCGAGGACACCAACGACAUUGUGGAUGGUGGCAAGAUCGUGUGGUCUGUGACCCACGUCUAUGACACGCCCAAGGACAAGGACUCCAGCGAACUGAUUGCCACAGACGACACAAAGAAGCGACUGAUUGCCAAGCUGGAGAUCAACAAGGAUGACAUCCAGGCAGUGCUGCCAAUGGCCAAGAUCUGGGAGGUGAUGAACACGGCCGUCCUAACCGGACGCCAGGUGGCCCAGGCCAUGAAGGUGUUCAUUGUCUCCCAGGCAGGCAAGGUGGCCGAUGUGACGCUCCAGAGUUCCUGCCAUGCGGAGGAUGAGAGUGUGAUUAAGGUUUCCUCCUCCUGCAGCUCUGUCUAUGUGGAUGGCUCUGAGCAGCGUGGCUCCUCGAACGCCUCGGUUAUUGUCAAAUACGGCACAUAUGUGGGCAUUGCAAAGUUCAUUGUUUGGAUGCCAGAAUUCCCGCUGGAGGUCUACAUAUCAGACUAUCGUUUGUCCCAGAUCAAGGGCUGGAAAGUGACGGAUGAUAAUCAUUAUCUACACAAUAAACAAUCGCGUCGCAGGAAGAAGCGCUCGUAUGUGUGGGGCCAAAGCCAGGGCCAGCAUGGCAGCAACUAUUACAACAAUCUUGGGGCAGACAAGACCAUCUGUCGGGCACGCUACCAGCAGAGUCCCGUGGAGGUCUAUGCCAAGUUCCUGGCCGUUGAUCAGAACUCUGGACGCACCAGUUACUUCAUCUCACGGCGAACGGGUCUGCGGGUCACGGAUCUCGUGCAGCCACUGCUACGCGUAGCCGAUCCCAAGAUUGCCUCGCUCAAGGGCCGUAUACUGCAGGGCAAGUCCAUGGGUCGCACCGAUGUGCAGGUUCUAUCGCCCAUCACGGGCCGCGUCAUCGGCACCAAGGAGAUCCGUGUUGGCAGCGACAAGGUGAAUCUCUCGAAGCUGAUUGUCCGCGUGAUUUCGGGGCUGCAGCUAACGAUCACGCCGGACAAUACCAUCGAGAAUGGCUACCUGGCGGAGACCUCGGUCACCCACAAGCUGACGGCCCAGUAUCAGGAGGGGCUGCUCGACAUCGAUCUGGAGUUCAAUGACGGCUCCAAGACCCCCUUGAGGGACAUUGCUGUGGAGGACUACUUCCUGCUGGUGGAGAGUCUCGAUACUGAGGUGGUGGCCUUUGCCCCCAUGCUGGCCUCCCACCAUCCCCGUGUGAUUGCUGUGGGCGAGGGCAAUGGCAAUCUGCUGCGUGUCACACUCCUGCUUUCCGAGGAGUGCCGCACGCGCAGGAGCACUCUGGGCACCGGCAAGCAGAACAAAUCGAAUGUGGCACCGCUGGCCAGUGCCUUGGCCUCCAUUGAGGUGGACUUCAACAAUGUGGACAUUGUCAGCAAGCAGGAGGCCAUACAAAACGAUGGAACUGUGGGCCGUGGCGAGCGCAAGAAUUUCCGUCAAACGGCAGGCGACCUAGCGGACAUUAUUGUUGGAAUACCUUUGCGGGACUCUAGCCAGCAGUAUGAGCCCACUGUCCAGGCCCGACAGCAUCGCGGCAGCAGCAUUCAGGCCUCGCAUAAGAAUCACUUCAACGGCAAGGGCGGCACUGGCACCAUGUCCUCCAUGGAGCUGGGCAUGUAUGUCCUUCUAACGGCCUUCUGCUUCGCCAUCAUUGUGUUUGUGAUCUCGUGCGUGGUGUAUGCCUCCAAAUUCCGACCGGCAUUGAUUGAAUCCGGUCUGGAUCCAUUGUCGAUGGGCAAGGGCAGUGGCGGAGGCGGUGGCGGGGGCAUAUCUGGCGGUGGUUUUCGCGAUGUACGCCUCAAGGAGUCCACCACAAACGCCCAUGACUGGGUCUGGCUGGGACGCUCCACCAUUGAUCGGCAGUCGGUGGUGGCAGAAACGAAUACACACUUGAAUCCACGCGAUUCCCGCAUGCGCAUCACUAGCAAUCCGAUCAUCAACUACGACAAUGGACGUCGCGUCAGCUCCUUUGAUCAGCAGCCCAAGCUGCAAACGCAUAUUGUGCCGGCCUCCAAUUUGAAUAAACAGCAUGCAGAUCACUAUUUGGCCAAUGAGCGUAAGGAGCUUCCUGGAGGAGCCCUGGACUAUAAACCGCCAGUACCGCCGCAUAGGAAUGUGGGGGCCAGAGCGUGUCUGCCGAUCGUCCAGCCACCAGCAGUAGCAGCAGUAGCUCCGGCACCAGUUCCAGUGAAGGAGGUGGCCAAUAAACGGCACAGUCAGCUCUAUAAACGGGAGCAUUUGCAGAGCAGCAGCAUCAUCAACAAUAAUAAUAACAACAACAGCAGUGGCAGCAGCACUGGCCUUAGCAAUGCCAGCGAUAAUAACAACACCAAUAAACAGCAACAGCAACAUAAACUGCAGCCACUGGAACGUCCGCAACAUCAGCGCAGUCAUAGCCAUAGCCAUAGCCACAAUUUUAGCCAGGAGCCAGCAGGUGCCAUCAUCAAGGCGGCACACAAUAAAAUCAAGCAACAGCAGCAGCAGCAGCACCACGAGGAACUGCACAACGCUGAGAAGCUAGUGGAGUACACAAAUCCACAUCAGAAGAAUGCAUUUCAAUUCGAUUCGCUGACACCAAAGAGAGUAACCAAAGCAGCAGCAGUAGCAGCAGCAGCGGCAGCAGCUGUACAGAAAGCCAAGGAUAACCACAGCAUGGUUAGCAGCACUGGGGAUGCGGCCAAUUCGAAUGGCAGCGAUGAGAUAAUGCGGCUACCAUCGUCUGCCAGUGUCAGUGGCAGUGCCAUCAGUCAUGUGCCGGUGCCGGUGCCAACAACAAAAUCAUCGCGCGUUAAGCGUGCCACAGUCGUGGGAAAUCCGAUGUUCUCGGCCACCGUCGAUGAUACAGAGACACCCGGUGAGCGUCUGGGUCUGGAUGAUCUCGAUAUGGACUACGAACAGAUCAUGCAUUACUUUGAUAAUUUAAAGGAAUCAAAUGCCUGAGUGCAAGAGAUCAUUGCUAAAAUUCGCGAAAUAUUGUCAACGUUCCAUCAGCAAUAUCAGAAUGUGGCCACGCCCAUGACAACGCCUACACGCAAACAGAUGCAAAUGCUCGAUGAGCUGGUAGCAUCAACAGCAAACACCACACCAACAACCAGCAAAACAAUAUCGCCAUUGCCACAGGAGGAGAAUGUGGAGAUCGGUGCUGAUGCUGCUGCUGCUGCUGCAGCGGCGGCGGCGGCGGCAACCACUGCAUUCGAUGCCUAUGACGGAGCGCUGAAUAUCGAGAGCAGGCAGUUCUAGGGACAAGCAACACACAGAAACACACAAACGGCAUCUGAACGCAAUUCUAGCAAUACCUUUUUCUUAAUGGAGGAACCCAACCCCAGCCCAGGGCUAUGUGGCAUAUCCAAUGCUGAAAUGGAAACCAAGUCGGAAACGAAACUGAAGGAGGAAUGAGGAAGGAGGGUAGCCAGCAGCAGCAUGGGAAGCAAUGGGAGGAGGAGUACGAGGAGCAGUGCAAGCAACAACAAAAACAAAAACCAUAUUUAUUGCUAGGCUAAGUUCAUAUUUAAAGCAUAUAUAUAUAUAUAUAUAUAUACUAUAUGUUUGUAUGUUAUGUGGAGAUACAUAUCCAAAAUGUAUCUCGAGGAGCGCGUGCUUGACACAAUCGGCGGAAAACACACAGACACAAAAACCCACACACACACACACACACAGACGGACACAUUUGGUAUAUGCACAUAACUCAUGGAUGCAGCAUACCCUGCCCCUCCCCCCCCUCCGUAUAUAAGUAUAUAUACGACGUAGUUAAGGAUCAGCCAUCAAAAGCAUAGCUUAAUCCAAAACAAAACAAAAAAACCACAAAAAAAAAAACAACGCCAUUUUUUCUCUCCGCUUCAGCAUCUAGAUAAUUGCCAUAUCCCAUCGCUGCUUUAGUUCUCACACAUAAGUAACUCGAUCUCUCGGUACCCCGAUUGCAUAUCCUACAAAUUGUAAUACUUCUCGUCGAAUCAUCAAAAGAAAGUCUCUCUCUUUUGUGUGUGUGCCAUAAGAUAGAAAGGGAGAGAGUGAGAGAGAUAUAAUAAGAGAGAGAGAGAGAUAGAGAAGUUUCCACAAAAUGUGCCGGGCACCGCUCCCAAAAGUCGCUAGAACUUAAAAACUGAAUAAUAUACAUAUAUGUACACGAUAAAUAUGAAUAUAUAUUUAUGAUUAUAUAAAGUGCGCGCUAACAAAACAACAACAACAAACAAAACACAAAACCAACAAUUUAAAGUAAAAGCUACAAUACAAAAACCGGACAAGCAUUAUCCGUGAAACGAAACGGAGCUAUGAAAAGAAAAACCCAUUGCUUUAUCACCUAAAAAUACCAAUCAUAAAUCUUAAACUAAAUCGAAAAAAAAAACCACACACACACUCACACAAACAAAAAAUGGAUAUAUAGACGCUUAUGAGCUUUAUUUGAUCGAUUCAAUGCAUUAAAGAAUGAAAACGAAGCGAAACGAAAAAACAUAUGGAUGGGGAAAUGUGUAACCAAAUAUUAUAUGAUAUUACUGAGCGAUCCAAGCUUUAUCUAACAAAUUUACCAAUAUUUAGAGCAUACGAGCAAAUAUUUAUUAUUAUUAUUAUUCUAUUAUUAUUAUUGCCAUUAUUAUUGAUUACGAUUACGAUUACGAUUAUUGUAUUUAUUACCAAGUGCAAAAUUCAAACAAAAACUGAGAGCCCUAAACCAUAUUUUGAAUAGCAAAAUUACACACACACACACAAACAAACACACAAUGCCUACGAGUAUAUAUAUGCAUAAUCGCGAAUAUAUCUAGACAUAUAUACUAAAUAUAUAUAUUCAUUCACGCGCUCUCUUUAUACGUACGCAUACGUGUAUAUCUUUGUAUCCAUGUGUAACUGCAUCCUGCAACUGUAUCUAUUCGUUUAUCCACGCAUUAUCCCCCCACACGCAUAUUGAUGUAUUCGGAUAUACGGAUAUAGGUACACAUAUAUCAUAGCACCCGAAGCUACUUCAUUCCAUUAGCAAAUCAUAGAUCAUAGACAUAAUCUAUUCUUACAUAUCUAGUUUUAUUUCUGUCUGUCUUUUGUCUUCUCUCAUCUGUCAUCUGCUGUUUAAGUCUGUUCAAUUUCGUUGUAAGAUCUGUUCACACAACUAUAUGUACCACAACUAAUUCUAUAUAUAGUAUAUGUUAGAUAUAUAUAUAUAUUUAUUAAAUGCAUGUUCACAGUGUCACAUCUUUAGUUUAUAGUUUAGAGGCCAUCUAAGUAUUAUGUUCUUGUGUUCCACACACCCUCUGUUGAACCACACACACACACACACACACACAUCAUUGUUUCAUAAUCAUAUGUUGUAAAUUGUUCCGUCCAAAAAAAAAAAAAACAAAAAAA